UUGACUUUGAUGCAAGAUGCAUCCUCGAAAGUGGAAGAAAUGGAUAAGAGGGUGGCGGAAUAUCAAAAAGUAAUUGAAGAUCUCGAGAAACAAGUGAAAACAAUGCAGCAGGAGCGCAGCGAAAUGGAAAUGACUCUGGCAACUUACAAGCAAAAAUGUGCGGCGUUGCAGCAAGAAUUGGAUACAUCGGAAACGGUGCAAAAGGAUUUCGUUAAGCUUUCACAAAAUUUGCAAAUUGAACUUGAAAAAAUUCGACAAGCAGAGCAGGAAGUACGGUGGCAGUUCGAUGAGGAUGUGCAUGCAUGCAGCCAGUGCCAAACAAGUUUUUCAAAAAAUCGGGGUAAACUACAUUGUCAUCAUUGUGGCAAAAUUUUUUGCUCAGCUUGCCUGAGUGCUACAGUGCCCAGUGGUCCACAUCGAAGGCCAGCCAAGGUGUGCCAAGUUUGUCAUACGCUUCUUAGCAGGUAA